AUGCUGUGUCUUUUAUUUUUGAUCGCACUGUUCCGCGUAACAUGUGGUAUAUCCCUUCUAGAGGAAGAAGGCUUUUAUGAUGCUUUCCAGACGCCCCCGGCUGGAUCUCGUCCAAAAUUCCGUUACUGGAUACCUGACGCCAGCAUUUCCAUUGAGUCUAUUCGGCGCGAUAUCUCCGACCUCGCCGCUGUGGGCUCAGGAGGCCUUGAACUAGUACCCUUCUAUUUUUACGGCAAUCCAACCAACUCCCAAACCCCCACCGAUUGGGAAACUUAUGGUUUUGGCAUGGAGCCCUUCGAAACUGUUUUUAGGGAAACCCUUCAAUCUGCCGUUAGCAAUGAAUUGCUAUUUGACUUUAGUCUUGGUGCCAGUCAGGGCCAGGGGUCACCUGUCAAAGCAGGAACUGACGGCCUCUCCAUCCAACUGCAACUCGGUGUUGAAAGUGUAAAAGCCGGUACUAUAUUUUCGGGGCCUGUUCCUGAACCGCAGAACCUGACAGGCGUGUUACAGUCCGGAGGCGGCUUUAUGCACGGGCUGUCAAGCCCCGACAAAGGUCAACUGAUAGCAGUUAUAGCUGGGAAAGUCCUAUCCGAGCAUGGGUCAAACGAAUCAGAUGCUCAUCCCGGGUUGAUGUACUUGGAUGAAUCGUCGAUGGUCGAUUUGACCCACCAGGUAGACAACGGAAGACUAUCCUGGGAUGCCCCUCAGGGGAAUAACAUGUGGAAAGUGUUCUCAUUUUGGGAAGGUCACACAAACCAAAUAUCCUGUUUCAAUGGUGCGAAUGGAACAACACCUAUCGAGAGGGGCUCCUUCGUUGUGGACCACUUUAGCAAAAAGGGAGCCGAAGUGCAUACUAAGAUCUUUGAGGAGUAUGUCUUGAAAAAUGAAAGCACCAGGGAAAGUCUGAGGCUAAACGGCAACUAUGCCUGGGAAGACAGCAUGGAGCUGCUUUUCGCCCUUCCAUGGACGCGUGGAUUUCUAGAGCGCUUUCAAUCCAUCCAUGGAUAUAGCCUCAUCAAAUACCUACCCCUGCUUUUCAAUACUGACAAUUCCUUUGAUGCAGAAUCUUCACCGUAUUCGGAAGAGUAUUCGUACGGGGAUUUGACCGAAUCUGGAACUAGCAUUCACACUGUCAGGUUCAGAGAAACUCUGAGUGAAUGUUAUCGAGACUACCUCAGGCACCACACUGCCUGGGCACACUCCCUUGGACUUCAAUAUUCAGCUCAGCCAUCCUAUAACCUGCCUCUCAGUUUUGUAAACGAGAUUCCGUUGGUUGACGCCCCGGAAGGUGAAUCGCUUGGAUUUGAGGACAUUAUAGAUGCAUACCGAACGCUAUCUGGACCUGCACAACUGGCCCACAAAAUUGACAUCUCUUCCGAAUGUGGUGCAGAAUUCAAGCCGGCCUAUAGCCAGACUAUUCCAGAGGUGCUCAAAUCCGUCAAAAAGUCAUAUGCGGGAGGACUUACAAUGAUGGUUUUGCAUGGGAUGGCAUAUAGUGGAGCGUAUGCUAACACAUCGUGGCCGGGAUACCAACCAUUUGGCUAUCAAACCACCGAUUCGUGGAACAGAAUACAGCCCGCUUGGAAGCAUAUGCCGGAUAUUCUUGGAUAUAUGGGAAGAACACAACAUGUCUUGAAAAUGGGAGUCCCGCGGGUGGAUCUCGCCAUUUUCGAUUCAAAGACCAAGUGGGAGGCAUCUGUCAUCUAUGACUCCAACAAUCUUCAAAAGAGCGGCUUUACGUACAACUUUGUUGGCCCCGAUAAUUUGUAUCUUCCUGCUUCCCACGUCAAGAAGGGUAUUUUUGCUCCAGAAGGACCUGGCUAUCAAUCCCUUAUCUUUCUUAACGGAACCCUCAUCAGCGAUAAAACUCGGGCAAAGAUUACGGAUUUCGACAAAGCUGGUCUUCCAAUUAUCUUCAUCGGGACAUCUUGGUAUACUUCACCACGAGCCACGAGCCAAGUCAAAGAUAUCUCGGGGUUGAAUAGUUUCCUAGGAGAUGGAGAAAAUAUCCACCAUAUUGUCUCUACCAGUCAACUGCCCGAUCUCCUAUCACGACUAGGAAUAGUGCCGAGGGUCGCUUUUGUUGAAGCAACAGAGUCAAUCUAUUCAGUACAGCGGGUCCAUCCCAUUACUGAAACAAAAUUUGUCUGGCUGUUCAACGAUGGGAAUCAUUCUUCGACAUUUGUUGCUGAUUUCUCUGGUCAUAAAGCCAUGAAACCAUUCCUCCUCAAUGCAUGGAACGGCGAGAUAACUCCGCUCGGGAGGUACCAAUUGACGGAUUCUGGAGUUCGCAUUCCACUGACUCUAAAGCAUGAUGAAACCAUCAUUCUUGCCUUCAUGUCUUCGGAGGUGGAAAGCUCCACCUGGGUGACUGAUGUUACCGGCGCUGUUGAGGAAGUGAAAUUCACAUCUGACAGACAACUUGUGGCCAACCUGAAAGGUUCUUCCACGAUCGUUCUCAAUAAUGGCACCACUUACAAAUUCAACGCCACAAUUCCAAGUGCUACCAAUCUGUCGACUUGGGACAUUGAAAUUGAGGACUGGCAUGGAAAUUCCAAAAACACUGCCUCCAUUGAAACCUUGGUGACUUUGCACAAAUUUUCCGGCCAGCACCUGAAGCCUUGGAAAGAUAUUAGCAAACCAUUGGAGAAAGUGAGUGGAGUGGGAACUUACACUACAAACUUUACAGUUCCAGACAUCCCGAAUAUCGGAGCCUAUCUUUCCGUCGGACCAAUCUUCAACACGAUGCGUGUCUGGGUCAAUGAGAAACUUCUGCCUACAUUUCCUGUCGAUAAUGCAAAGGUAGAUAUUAGUGAAUUCCUUUCGCGGGGGGAACAAAAUGUGGUCAAGGUUGAGGUCACUACGACCUUGUACAAUCGGGUCCGAGCAGAUGCAGAUAACCUUCUUGCUGUGGGUAUGCCAUUGUCGACGAUAGCACCGACUUUUGCAGAUAGUGAGAGCCAGGAUUAUGGGCUGUUGGGACCUGUGUGGAUUGACUGGGUGAUUGGAGAGAAACUGAAUUUGGAUUAG